UGACCAUUAAUUAGUAGUUUUCCUGCUUAACUUGUCCAGAUUCAAGUAAAAAUAAACAUGCAGUUGAUAUCAUUUCUGAUUUGAUAGCUCAUUCUUGCUGGUUGAAUGUGCAUGUUGAUCAACCUCAUGGGGCUGUCUUUGAGAUAAGGAAAGCCCAGGGUUAUGGUGCACGAUGGUCUAACCAUGGAACUAAGGUCAACUCUGACAAGCAUGGUAUGGCAAAGUAAAGCAGAAAAGUAGGAAAAUAAUUUUUGUGGUUUCACCUAUGGCAGGAAUUUGGUACUGAAAUGCUUUCAGGUAAAGACACCUGACUGAGAUGCUGCCAAGCUAGAAAGACAGAGCUGAAAAACUGGGGUUCUGUGAUUGGUACAAUCUCCUUUGUUUUGAUAUGUAUGGAGUGAAGAUGUUAUGGAGUCUUUAAAAGAAUGGAGUUGCCAAUGCGUGACACUUGGCAAUGGAUCCAAUCCAUGGGGUUUUAUUUCUCUUCGUAUUGAAAUGAACGUUUUUCAUUUCCUUUCCUUUCCCUCAUUUUCCUCAAUCCAAACAUGAUGUAAAUUCAAAGGGAAUUUCAGGUCUUCAUUUUCUUGCUUUCUUUUAUUUCUUUGCUCAUUAUUGCUUCUUCUUGAAACACCUAAAUUAGUUGGACUUUAGGCAUCACUAGGUAUUACCUUUUGGUUUUAGCUCCUUGUUUUCUUCUUUUUAGUGCUUCUCUUUAUCAAUACUGUUACAGAUUGAUUCUGUUCAAAGAAAGGCAUAAAAAGUCACAACUGCCUUUUGCAGGUUGAGGUGGAUGAUCCAUGAGCUAAGCUGAUACAAAGAUUGCUGGUAGAAGAUGCGAUUAGGCAAUUUUAUGCAAGAAAGUGGGAAGGACAUAAUUUUAUCAAGAGCUCAUGACUGCUAUCACUUUCUGAAAAUUUUAAAAUACUCCACAUCCACACUCAUGCAAAGGUGUGAACUCAGCAAGGUGAUAUACUCAUGAAACAAAUGAGAGAAAUGAUUAUGAGCAAAAAGAAACAAUAGACCAUAAACUUUGCACUUUGCAGCUGAUUCAAUGGAUAUGGAUCAUUGAUGGCAAUGAAUGAUGCCCAUGUAUAUGUAUUUGUUAGCCACUUCAUACCAACAGUUUUCAUCUGGAUUUCUUAGUGACCGGAUUGCAUCAAAAUGCUUCCUCAGGUGGAAAAAAUAGGUGCUGAUCAUGAGAUAUCGAAGAUUCCAUGCGAGAACAUUGCUGCCUCAUGUCAUGCCAUAAUUUCAUUUAAGAUGUGUUUUAAGCUUGUGGAGGGAUGUAACAUCAGUUCCCUAAAGUUGUACCUUUGUUUCUACUUUUCAUAGAAACAUGUCAUGUGGCUAUAAGAUUUCUCGUUCCACCUCCUCCCUCUUGGGUUCAUCAGAUCUUCGAUUGACUCAUAACCCACCUAAAACUCCGUAUCCAUUUGACUUUGGAUUUUUUCUGUUGUUUUUUUGUUUUGAUGCAACGGUGACUCCAUGGUAUUUCUUUGUUAACUUAUCCUGAAGUUGUGUUGUAUUGAAAACAUUAUUUUUCUUUUCAAUUGACCCAAUUGUCUUAUCAUCUUAUUAGCCAAGGUUCAUUUCUUGCGAAAGGUCAGGGGAGAAAGGCCAUCUUGUAUAUUUUCUCUUCCUGCAUUUCCUGACAUGAAUUUAUGAUUCAGGAUACAUUUGAACGAUGCAUCUCUUCACUAUUUUCUGAUUCAUGAUGUCAAACUCAUUCUUUAACGGCACAUCUAACUAUUUUUAAUUUUUGUACGUAGAUUGAAUAUGCUACAUGAACAAUCUUAUCUUAUAAAGGAGCCUCACAAACCUAGCUGGUAGAUAUGAUUAAUUCUUUUCAAACACCAGGUUCAGAAGAAAAAACAAAAGAAACAGGGAAAGGAAAAAGGAGUUUUAUCAAGACUGAAAGCCUUGCCAUCUUUUAGGUGUGCUUUCGAAUCCUGGAAUAACACUUUCCAGCAUCUUAUUGAUAUUGUGAAGUAGAGAUGCCAAAGUGCAUGUGUGCACCUUUCGGUGUCGUCAGGUAGCACUUUUAGCAGGGAAAAGCAUAACCUCCUCAGUAGACACUUUAUUAAACACUAGACCUUCAC